CAUCUCACGUUCUCACUUUCUCGACCAUACGCAGGUUUUCCACCAGCCAGGAAAGAGAUAGAAAGCCCGAGAAAACUUUCAGAGGGAGGCAGAGAAGGCCGGGCGCAGAUAUUCUAUGAAGUGGAGACAGUAGCCUUCAAGAUAAACAAGGCGCAGGACAUAGAAUCCAUGGCUUAGGCUCUAUUUAUUGCCGUCGUUGUCGAUCUGAACCGCUGCCUUUGAAGUUAUUUUCUUUUUAAUGAAACCCUAAGGACCUUUGUGUUGGCUUUAAAGUUUUUGAUUGUAUCGGGAGGCGAAGAUUGGUACGGCGCAGCGUGUACUGCUUGCCUCAUAAGAUUUCCUUUCGAUCUGGGGCGGGGUGCCUUGCAAAUCAACGUUUUAUCAGCUGCGGACGUAUUCGCGGCUGACCUUUGAAACCCUAGAUUCGUUACUGCGCCGUUAAAGUUGGUGUAUGCGUUGCCGCCUGUACGAUCUGGCUUCUGAGAUUGUAUGAAUUGCACUUAGGAGCGCCUUUCUUUGAUUUUAUUCUUGUGUGGUGCUGUGCUACGGUUUUUCCGUGGCUGCCCCUGCUAUUGUGUUGUUUUUCAUGCCGCCUGAACCACUGCCGUGGGACCGGAAGGACUUCUUCAAGGAGAGGAAGCACGAGAGGUCUGAAUCGCUGGGCUCUGUGGCGCGAUGGAGAGACUCUUCUCAUCGUGGUUCCCGAGAGUUCAGUCGGUGUGGAUCCGAUUUCCACAGACUGCCAGGUCAUGGUAAGCAGGGAAGUUGGCACCUGUUUCCCGAUGAUUCUGGUCAUGGAUAUGCACUAUCUCGGUCCAGUGACAAGAUGCUGGAAGAAGAGAACUGUCGGCCAUCAGUUUCCCGAGGAGAUGGAAAAUAUGGUAGAAACAGUAGGGAAAGUAGAGGAUCCUUUAGCCAGAGAGAUUGGAGAGGACAUUCAUGGGAGGCCACCACCAACGGCUCUCUAAAUUUGUCCAGGAGGCCACCAGAUGUUACUAUUGACCAGAGGUCUGCUGAUGACAUGCUAACAUAUCCUUCUCAUCCUCAUUCUGAUUUUGUAAAUACUUGGGAUCAGCAUCAUACGAAAGACCAGCACGAUAAGAUGGGUGGUGUCAGUGGGUUGGGUUCUGCACAGAGAUUGGAUCGAGAGCAUUCUCUUGGUUCAAUUGACUGGAAGCCUCUUAAAUGGACCCGUUCUGGAAGCUUGUCUUCACGAGGCUCAGGUUUUAGCCAUACAAGUAGCUCAAGGAGUGGAGGGGCUGAUUCCAACGAGGCAAAGUCUGAAUUGCAUCCAAAAAAUGCAACUCUUAUUGAAUCCCAUUCAGGGGAUGGUGCUGCAUGUGCGACGUCUUCUGCACCCUCUGAAGAUACAAUAUCUAGGAAGAAGCCUCGGUUGAAUUGGGGCGAGGGACUUGCAAAGUAUGAGAAGAAGAAAACUGAGGAACCUGAUGUAAGUGCAAGCAAGGAUGGCCCCGUCUUGUGUACUAGUAAUAUUGAACACUCUAAUUUUCUCGGUUCAAAUUUAUUAGAUAAAAGCCCGAAAGUUACAGGCUUUUCAGAUUGUGCAUCCCCAGCCACUCCAUCUUCCGUUGCUUGCAGUUCCUCACCAGGUGUGGAGGAUAAACUGUAUGGAAAAGCUGUGAAUAGUGACAAUGAUGUUAGUAAUUUGAAUGGCUCACUGGACCCAGGGCCUCAGAAUCAUCUACAGACGUUUUCUUUGAAUUUAGAGAAGUUGGAUAUUGACUCCCUGAGUAGUUUGGGUUCUUCACUUAUUGGGUUGCUACAAUCUGAUGACCUAAGUUCCGUGGAUCCUGUCAUAGCAAGUUCUGCUGCAAUGAAUAAGUUGCUAAUAUGGAAAGCUGACCUCUCUAAGGUAUUGGAGGUUACUGAGGCUGAAAUUGAUUUACUAGAAAGUGAGUUGAAGUCACUGAAAUCUGAAUCUGGAAAUAGCUGUCCAUGUCCUGCAGCAUAUGGCUCCUCACUGGUGGCAUGCAAUACGAAGUCUUGUGAAGAACAAGUUAAAGGCUGUGAUAAGGUCUCCCGGCCAGAGCCACUGCAGGUUUGUUCUUCUGCUGAUCCUGAUGUGGAGAAGAUGUCCCCUUCAACUAAAGUGCAUAAUAUUCAUGAAAGUGGCAAGGAGGAAGAUAUUGAUAGUCCUGGAACAGCAACUUCUAACCUGCAGCCUCUUAUUAAAGCAGUGUGUUCAUGUGUUAUUGGGGAAAAUGGUCAUUGCGCUGGAGGCUGUGAUGCCAUUCAAUCUGCUAGCAGUAGAUGCUUAUUGCUCUGUUCCACGAGCAAGCAGGCUAGCUUGUCUGCUCGUGGUGGUAGUAGUACAGCUAUGGAGGUAAAAGAUGGUAUGGUUGCUGCUCAUGGUGCAAGUUCUUGCUCUAGAUCUGAGGAUAUAUUGUAUAAUGCAAUUAUUUCUUCUAAUAAAGAAUAUGCAAACACAGCGUGUGAUGAAAUUGCUCAGUUAUUGCCAAAUUGCUGUAAGGUUGGUAAUAUAGGAGCCAUCAAUGACUCAUGCUCUUCAACUGGUGCGGUUAGAGAAAAAUUUGCAGAGAGAAAGCGGUUAGCAAGGAUCAAGGAGCGAGUAAUAACCCUGAAGUUUAAAGCUUUGCAUCAUCAAUGGAAAGAAGAUAUGCGAUCACUGUCUGUACGAAAAUGUCGUCCAAAAUCUCAUAAGAAGCUUGAAGUAGGCAUUCGAACUACUAAUAGUGGUUUUCAAAAGAAUCGGUCCUCAAUUCGAACUCGGAUUUCCUACCCUGCAGGCAAUAAUUUAAGCUUGGUUCCAACAUCUGAGAUAGAUGAUUUUGCCAGCAAACUUCUCUCUGAUCCCCAAGUUAAAGUUUUCCGGAGCACCUUGAAAAUGCCAUCAUUAAUUUUGGAUCAGAAGGAGAAGAUGAUGUCAAGGUUUCUAUGUAGUAAUGGGUUGGUUGAAGAUCCUUUAUCAUAUGAGAAAGAGAGGGCUAUGGUCAACCCUUGGACAUCCGAAGAGAAGGAUAUUUUCAUGGAGAAAUUUGCUGCUUUUGGGAAAGACUUCCGGAAAAUCGCUUCUUUUCUUGAUCACAAGACAACUGCUGACUGUGUUGAGUUCUAUUACAAAAAUCAUAAAUCUGAGUGCUUUGAGAAAAUUAAGCAGGAUGUUAGGAAGCUAGGGAAGUCAUAUUUGACCAACACAGACUUGGUAGCAUCUGGUAAGAAAUGGAACCGAGAAAUAAAUUCUGCUUCGCUUGACAUUUUGAGUGCAGCUUCAGUGAUAGCAGGCCAUGCUGACAGAAUGAAUGGUAACAAAAAAUUGCGUUCAGGGAGUUCUCUUUUAGAAGGCUAUGGUAAUAUGAAAAGAUCAAAGGGCGAGGAUAGUCUCCUAGAGAGAUCAUACAGUUUUGAUGCUCUUAGGGAUGAAAGAGAGGUAGUUGCAGCUGAUGUAUUGGCUGGUAUAUGUGGUUCUAUAUCAUCUGAGGCUAUGAGUUCCUGCAUAACAAGUUCUGUUGAUCCUGUAGAGGGUAACAGGGACAGGAGCCUGAAGACAAACCCUGGGAAAAAGCAAUUGUUGACGCCUGAUGUUACUCAGAGCAUUGAUGAUGAUACCUGUUCGGAUGAGAGCUGUGAGGAGAUGGAUCCUACUGAUUGGACUGAUGAGGAGAGGUCAGCUUUUCUUCAGGCUGUAUCAUCUUAUGGGAAAGACUUUGCCAAGAUCUCACGGUGUGUAGGUUCAAGGUCCCAAGAUCAGUGUAAAGUGUUCUUCAGCAAGGCCAGGAAAUGUCUUGGAUUGGAUCUCAUGCGGCCCAAGUCUGUAAAUGCGGGGUACCCAGUGAAUGAUGAUGCAAAUGGCGGUGGGAGUGAUACAGAUGAUGCAUGUGUUGUAGAGACAGGUUCAGCAGUUGACGCUGAUAGGUCAGGCACUAAAACUGAUGAGGAACAGCCAUUGUCUGUCAUGAAUACGUUCUCUGAUGAAUUUAAUUCUGUUGAACCCAUGGCCUUGUCGACUGAUUUGAAUAAAUCAAACAAUAAUGGGGCAGAAGUGGACGAGGAUGCUGAAGAUGUGAAUGGUAUGGUUUCUGAUGCUUGUGAAAUGGAUGAUAUGACUAAACCGGGCUGUGGUGGUGGGGAUGUCUUGUACAGUUCUGACAAGUCUGGUCCUGCUAAUGGCCAGACAGCUAUGAAUAUGUUAGCUAGUGUAGAAGUGGUAGAAGGUGAAGCAAAUAAAUUGGCAGGUUCAGUUACAGAGUCAGUGCCAUGCCAAUCUAAUUCUGUUGUUGAGGCUAAAGUGGUUUCUGAGGUUUCUUCUGGGGGUCUUGGAAAGGAGCUAACUGGGCAGAAACAAUCACUGCCUCCAUGUCUUGAUGAUAGGGAUAAUAAACGUGAAGCAGUUGCUGAUGUAGCUGAAUCAAAAAGCUCAGUUCUAGAUUCAAGUACAAUGGUAAAUGCUUCACCCUUACCUGCAGGUGCUUCUUGUACAGGCUUGAAUCUUGAAGUUGAAAAUAAACACCAAACCUGUAUGUCAACAUUGCCACUGGGGAAUUCUCAGUCCAAUGCAAAAUUAUUGUUGCAAGAUACUGUUGCUGUUCAAGGUGAGCAAAAAGUUAUUCAAGAUCAACUGCCUUCUGCACGUAAUUUUCAGGGAAGUAAAGAUGUGCACUGCCAAAAUUCGACGAGCAAAGAUGGUCAACAUGUCCAUGUUCCCAGCUAUUUAAUGGAUCAUAUUAAGGCUACUAGCAUCCUCCAGGGCUUUUCCUUGCCCACUAAAAAAGAAGUGAAGGGUGAAAUGAGCUGCGGCAGCUCAGCAUCUGAAUUGCCGCUUAUGUCCCAAAAGAUUGAACAAACCUGUGAUCAUUACAAAUCGGAGUUGUGCUCAGUAGAUUCAGAAGUGACAUCUAGAAAUGGUGAUGUGAAGUUGUUUGGGAAGAUAUUGACCAAUCCUUCAUCCAAUCAGAAAACUAAUUUGAAUUCCAAGGGGCGUGAAGAAACUGGCACCCGUCACCUGAAGAUGAGUUGCAAGACUUCUACCCUUAAAUUUAAUGGCCAUUGCCAUCAAAAUCCUGAUGGAAAUUCAACAAUUUUGAAGUUUGACCGUGGUGAUUAUAAUAUAGGCCUUGAAAAUGUUCCUAUGAAGAGUUAUGGUUAUUGGGAUGGGAAUAAAAUACAGACUGGCAUUCCAUCAUUACCUGAUUCUGCCAUCUUGCUUGCAAAAUAUCCUGCUGCCUUCAGUAAUUAUGCUACAUCCUCAGCCAAAUUGGAGCAACAGUCAUUGCAUGCAUUUACAAAGGGUAAUGAACAGAACCUAAAUGGCUCUGCGUUUACGACUCGAGAAAUCAACAGCAGCAAUGGUGUGAUUGAUUAUCAGAUGUUUAGAAGUAGAGAUGCCCCGAAGGUGCAGCCAUUUAUGGUAGACAUGAAAAACCGCCAAGACACGUUUUCUGAGGUUCAGAGAAGAAGUGGUUUUGAAGCAAUAGCGAAUUUACAGCAGCAGGGGAGAGGAAUGGUUGGAUUGAAUGGCGUUGGGAGGCCAGCGAUUCGGGUGGGAGGAUCACACAGUGGUGUCUCGGAUUUUGUGGCAGCCAUCAAAAUGCAUUAUUCCAAUUCUGACCAGUAUGGUGGUCAUAAUGGAAGUAUCAUAAGAGAAGAUGAAUCUUGGGGAGGAAAAAAAGGGGACUUAAGCAGGUAGUAGAUGUGUUCAGCGGCAAACGUUUUCCUUUGCCGCCAUCUGUAUUAUAGUUUUGUUAUUGCUCAAUACAGUGAUAGGUCGAUUUGACGGUUCCCAAGUCCGUCUUUUUGGUAAAUUAUUUAGGUGCUUGUAAUGUGGCAGCAACUUUGUUCUCUCUUUUUUGAUCAUUCUGAUAAUCAUCUAGCUGGAGUUGGAUGCCUGGCUGAUUGUUUCAA